AUGGCGCCCUCUCGCCGCCGCUGCGCCAGUUUGGCCUACACCGCGUUCGGCUUGCUCGCACUCGCAAGUGGUGCCCUCGGCAUUGGGCAGUCCACCUGCGUCGUGUUCAAGUCCGCGCCCUCGACGUUCCCCAUCGUGAACAAUCGACAAGCAACCCCAAUCCUCCUCUCACCCGACGAAUGGCCCGGAGUACAACGCGCCGCGACGGACUUCGCGUCCGACAUCGAGCAGGUCGCAGGCGUGAAGCCCGCGCUGCACAACGUCACUUCGCUGACAACCCAGGCGACCUCGGCGUUCGGCACGAAUGCGAUCAUUGUGGGCACGCUGGGCAAGUCUGCACUCAUCGACGAGAUUGUGAACAGGACGAAGCUCGACGUGUCGUCUAUCCAGGGAAAGUGGGAAGCGUUUAUGGCGAAGGAGGUCACGAACCCGCUGCCGGGGAUCAAGAGCGCGUACGUGAUCAUUGGUUCGGACAAGCGGGGGACGAUCUUCGCUAUGUACGACCAUUCUGAGCAGUUCGGCGUCUCUCCGUGGUUUUGGUGGGCAGAUGUCCCUACCACAAAACACAACGACGUCUUCGUCACGUCCUCUGGGUGCUCGCACGGAUCACCUACAGUCCAAUACCGCGCGAUAUUCUUGAACGACGAGCAGCCCGCACUUCAAAACUGGGCAAUGGAGAAGUUCACGAACGGCACCGGCGCCGCUCUCACCGGCUCGCCCUUCAACCACUUCUUCUACACCAAGCUGUUCGAGCUCAUCCUGCGCCUCAAAGGCAACCACCUCUGGCCAGCACAAUGGAGCAGCGCGUUCUGCGUCGACGACGCGCAGAACCAGGCACUCGCGGACCUGUACGGGAUCGUGAUGGGCACGAGCCACGAGGAGCCGAUGAUGCGCUCCAUCCCGGUCGAGUGGAACUUGUUCGGGACGGGGCCCUGGGACUACAGCGCGAACAACGCGACGAUCUACGAGUUCUGGGUGCAGGGCGCGGAGCGCGCGCGCCCGUUUGAGGGGAUGUGGACGGUCGGGAUGCGUGGGAAUGGUGAUUUGCCAUUGGCGUCUGCAGGAGACAACAUCGCGCUCCUGGAGAAGGUUGUGUCAGACCAACGACAAAUCCUCUCAAACGUAUACAACGAGAGCGACGUCACCAACAUCCCGCAGGUUUGGACGCUCUAUAAGGAAGUCGAAGGCUACUACGACCAAGGCUUGCGCGUGCCGGACGACAUCACGCUCAUGUGGACCGACGACAAUUGGGGCAACGUACGUCGCAACCCUCUUCCGAGCGAACGGAACAGGACUGGCGGUGCGGGCGUGUACUACCAUGUCGACUAUGUCGGAGACCCGCGAGACUACAAGUGGAUUACUAGCAGCCAAAUCGAGAAGACCUUCGAGCAGAUGUCGCUCGCCGUCUCCCGCGACGCCGUCAAGAUCUGGGUGCUCAACGUCGGCGACAUGAAGCCGUACGAGAUGCACACGGAGUGGUUCCUCACGCUCGCCUACGACGCCUCGCUCUGGACCCCGGAGAACUACCCGAGCUUCGUCACGCAGUGGGCGCAGCGCGAGUUCGACCUCUCCGCGAGCGACGCGGCGAUGGUCGCGAACCUGAUGCACAACGUCACGCGCCACAACAUGCGCCGGAAGCCGGAGCUGCUCAACUCGACGACGUACAGCCUUAUCAACUACCGCGAGGCAGACAACGUCAUGGCGGAGCUCGAGAGCAUGGUCGCCGCGUCGACGCAACUGUACAACAAGCUCCCCACGAGCGCGCAGCCGGCGUUCUUCCAGCUCCUGCACCACCCAAUCCUCGCCACUGACACCCUCACGCGCAUGUGGAUCUCCGCGGGCAUGAACAACCUGCGCGCAUCGCAAGCACGCCUCAGUGCGAACGACCUCGCGACCGACGUCGAGAACCUGUUCAUGCAAGACGCGCAGCUGGAGGCGGACUACCACAGUCUGCUUGACGGCAAAUGGGACCAUAUGAUGGACCAGACGCAUGUCAUGUACUACUACUGGCAGCAGCCAAUGACCAACACCAUGCCCAUGAUCACGAAGGUCCAGCCGUCCAAACAAGCGCUGGCAGGCGCGAUGCGCAUCGUCCCCGAAGGCUCGAUGGGAGCAUGGCCUGGAGACAACCAGUUCAACUGUGCGCUAGGCUACGGCUGCGGAAACCCCGCACUCACCAUCGAUCCAUUCGUCCCCGCCGGGAACCGCUUCGUCGAUGUCGGCGCUGGCGGCCCCACCCCAUUCACAUUCACGGUGACCAGCAACUCUUCGUGGGUGAAGAUCUCGCCGUCGAAGGGCUCCAUUUCGCCGAGCUCCCCGGAGCAGAGGGUCUUCUUCUCUGUCGACUGGAACAAGGUGUCCGGCGUGCAAACCGCGGCGAUCACGUUCACCGCGUCGCCGCAGAACCAGACACAGCUGUCUGUCCCGAUCACGCUGACGGCGAACCACACUGCUGUUCCCAGCGGCUUCCAUGGCUUCGUGGAGGGAGACGGUGCAGUCUCGAUCGAAGCCGCUCAUGCCUCAAGGAACACGACUGUGCAGGGCAUCACCUGGACUGAGCUUCCGGGACACGGGCGCACGCUCUCGGCCGUCACGCCCUGGCCCCGCGGCGGUAACGAGCUCAACUUCACCGCAGGCAGCGGCCCCAGCAUCGAGUACGACUUCAUGCUCUUCAACACGCAAAACCAAGGCGGCAACGUCACCGUUACCGCGUUCGUCUCGCCCUCGCUGAACACGCUCGGGGACGACCGCCCGCUCGGGCUCGGGUUCCAGAUCGACGACGGCGCCCCAGCGACGAACUACUUCGUUCCUGCGUCUGUCCCCGGCCAGGUCCCGGCGCCGUGGAACGGGAACGACGGUUGGGUCGCGAACAGCAUCAUUGAAGUCCCUGUCACGCUCCCAGUGCAGCCUGGGGCACAUACGCUCAAGGUGUUCAUGAUCGAGCCAACGGUCGUCCUCCAAAAGAUCCUCAUUGAUACCGGCGGUGUCCGGCCGAGUUACCUGGGCCCGCCUGAGAGUGUCCGAGUGUAA